AUGCAGGCCUGGGGUCACAUUGGGCGGCACAUCACCAAGGUCCCGGUAGAUGCCGGGAAACACGCCGUCACGGCCCUCACUCGCCCCGGCGGCAAAAGCAAGCUCCCAGAGGGCGUCAGCGGGGUCGAAGCCAACGGUUCUUUGGUCAUCAGCCUGGCCUUCAGCGGGGCGCCUCCCGACCUGCAAACGCGGAUCGCCGCGGCGGCGGCCACGGCCGGGGUCCCGUACGUCAUGCCAAACACGUACAUCAACCCGGUGACGGCGGACGACAUCUCCGACGUCGCGAGCAACGGUAUGUCGGCCUUCGUCAACCUAGCAUGCGCGUUCUGGUACGAGUGGAGCCUGGCGACGGGUGAGCAGUGGCUCGGCUUCACCAUCGGGGAGCACAAGGCGACCUUCUUCAACGACGGGCGGCGCAGCAUCACGGUCAGCACGUGGGACCAGUGCGGGCGGGCAGUCGCGGCGUUGCUCAGCCUGCCCGAGUCUGGGGCGUCGCCGUCGCUGGCCGACUUCCGGAACAGAGAUGUGCCGAUCUACAGCUUCCGCGUUUCGCAGCGCGACAUGCUAGACAGCCUGCACCGGGUGCUGGGCGCGACGGACGCCGACUGGGAGAUCACGUACGAACCGACGGCCAAGCGGAUCCAGGACGGCACGGCCGAAAUGGCGAGCGGGAAGUUGACGGGGCUUGCCAAGGUGCUGCUGUUUCGGCGCGUUUUCGACCCGAGCAGUGCCACGAGCGACUACGCCGCCACGGCGCAGACGGCCAACGAAGCCUUGGGGCUGCCCAAGGAGGAUCUCGACGAGGGGGGCAGGAGGGCGGUGGAGAUGGUAAUCGAGAAGCAGCCGUCCGCCAACACAGAGAAGGGUCGUCGGCGGCCUUGA